GUUCAGAGGAACAUUUGGGUCCUUCCAGCACAGCUGGAUUGGAAACCCUGUGCCUUUGGGGAUCCGUGCGUGUCUCAUCUUUCCCCUCCUCUCCUGGUUGCCCUGUACCCGCACACGGUGCCCCUCGGGGAGGCGUUUGGGGUUCCUGGGCAGCUCAGGGGCUUUAACCCUAUUUCUUGCCGCAGGUGCUCCAGUGGGUUCGACCGACACCGCGAGGAGUGGCUGUCCUACGGCUGUGGCCAGCAGUCCGACGAGAAGAGCUGCGAGGAUUUGGCAGAGGACGACCACUACUCGGCCCCCCCCAGCAGCUCGCUCUCACCGCCGGGGGAGGACGUGGCCACCUCCACCUCCUCGCUCUUCGUUGAUGGCCUCACGACGGAAGAUGACACCAAGCUCAACCAGUACGCAGGGAGCGAAGGGGUGGGAAGCAGCCUCCCAGCCAAGGCUGCAGGCGCCCCGGUUCACACCGGUACGAUCGUGGGCAUCAUCCUGGCCGUGUUGCUGAUCGCAGCCAUCAUCCUGGCUGGGAUUUACAUCAACAGCCACCCCACCUCCAACGCCGCCCUGUUCUUCAUCGAGCGGAGGCCUCACCGCUGGCCGGCCAUGAAGUUCCGCACCCAGGGCCGCCACACGACGUACGCUGAGGUGGAGGCGGCCGGCCACGAGAAGGAGGGCUUCGUGGAGGCAGAGCAGUGCUGAGCGCUGCCUCCCCCCACCCCCACGGCCUCACACCGCCCCGUCCCACGCCUUUGGGGUCCUCCAUUACCGCAAAGCCUGGAAAAGGAAGAGCGAAGUAGAGGGAAGCCACCGAGUGGAGCACGAGAGGAAGGAGCCGGGGCCAUGCAGGGAUGGGAGCUGCUGGGAUUCCUCACGGGAUGGCGGAGCCUGAAGUGGUGUCAGGAUUUUGGGAUCUGCCUGGCUCUACGGCCUUUCACGUGUCGGUAGAAAAGAGCGCGGCCCAAUUUUUAGCUUGGCUCGGGUUUUUGUCUCCUGGUUGGGUUUUUUGCCCCUCUGUGUGGGGCUGAGCUCUCUGCUCCUCCGCCGGGACUCUGGAUGUGGGCCACAUCUCAGCAAAGCCCCCAAUUUUUCCCCUUUUUGCUGCUCCCCGGCUCUGCCAGCACACAGGGAGGUGAGGCUGGGACAGGCCUGGUGGCGGCUGUAGGCCUGUGAGGCUGGCUCGCCAGGGCUCACCCCUGUCCCAUCCCCUCUCCCCCAGCUCCCUUUCUCCUUUGCCUUCUUUUAAUUUUUAAAUUUUAAAGUUUAAAAUUUUAAAGUUUAAUUUCAAUUUUGGCUUCAGGGCUGAGAAGCCCCCUGGUCUCCUCUUCAGCCCGCACCUCCCUGGCUUCCAUUCCCUGCCCUCCUCUCCCGUCCCAGUAACUGCUGCUUCUUCCCCCUGUUCCAGGAUUAAGGGAAACCCAAUGUAUUUUAAGGGCAAAAACCCCGCUGAGGAUUCACCGUCAGGAUGUUUGUGAGCCACAGGCUCUGAUGCACUUUCUCGCAUCCAAUUAGUUUCCUCAAUUACUCACCACAACCUCUACCCUAAAGGACGCAGAGGGUGAAAAAAAAUACCUUAGAUUCCUUCAAGACACAUCUUUGCCUCACAGCUGCUAGGCCAGCAGGCGUGGAGUAGGUUUUAAAGGCAGAGGAUGGGGACAGAGCCCGAGCAAAAGCCCCGUUCCCCCAUGGGCUACAGCCCGAGGGAAACCCUCCUUCAUGGGAGCAUCCCCUAAAGAAAACACAACGGCCUUACAUGCCCUGAUCCACUGAAAAUCUGGAAAAUGCCUCGUUAACAUCAUAGUAUUCAGAGCCUCGAGUCAGUGGAUUUUUUAUUUUUUAUUUUUUAUUGCGUCUGUGAUAGGCCCUGGUCUGCAUUGGUAGCGAUACUGUGAGUCCAGAAUCUGACCCUACCUAAGGGCUUCAGCACCAGACCUCUCAGGGUUGUUCUGCUCCUUCUGUGCAAUCAAAUCCAAAACCAGUCUGCAGAAAUGCUUAUCCUACUUCCACAGCCCCCAGCCAGAGCAGGACUGGUCCCUAAGCUGAGGACAGAUGGUAUGAAAAAAGGCAGAGUCCAAAGUCCAGUGUCAGGUAAAGUUUUGUUUUUUUUUUUUUUUUUUUCACCCAUCAAAAACAGGUGUUGGUUGUAUGGGCUUUUUUUUUUUUUUUUUUUUUUUUCUUCCCUCUUGAUCCUCAGUUAUUUAUUCUGAUAUCAUCUUUGGUGCAUAUUUUAUCCACUGGCUGGUUCAGCUGUCACUGGUGGUGAUUACUGCCAAAGGCAGGGUCUGUCUAAUUAAUGUCUUCCUUCUCAUCUGCUGAAUUUAUAUAGCCAUUAAAGAUAAAUAUGGAUGCUUUGUGGCAUUUAGACCCCAGAUUAUACUUUCUCAUAUGUAGCCACUAGGGAGGCUUUUGCUGCAUCUUAUUAUGGCGUAAAGGCACCGAAACGCUCUGACAGGGUAAGUCAGACCGAGCUGUGCCAAGCUGUUAUGACCCAGACAGUCUCUCCUUAGAUGUAUUUUGAAGAUAAACCUUAUCCCCAAAUAAAGCUUUCAACUGGAAAGUA